UAUCAAUGCGCAUGUCAUUUUACCGGAUCAUCAGUGGGAAAUAAUAAAAAUUGUUGCUAUAAAUUAAAUUUUGUUGCUAUCAGUAGUUUAUUUUUGGAAAUAUAUUGCUUAGCGACAUAUACAAAAAUUACAAUUGCAAUGGGUGAUGAGCGUCUUCUACCGCCACCUGUAUUUUGGGCACAGCGAAGGAAUCUCCUCUAUGUUAAAGUUCAACUAGAAGAUUGCAGAAACCCCACAAUUAAACUUGAGAAAGAUAGAUUAUAUUUCAAGGGCAAAGGUGGUACGGAUAAUAAAGAUCACGAAGUAACUUUAGAAUUUCUGAAAGAAAUAAAACCUGAAGAUUCCAAAUAUUCUGUUCGAGGAAGAGCUACUGAAUUUGUUUUAAUAAAAGCCGAAGAAGGCUUUUGGAAGAGACUUUUGAAAGAAGAUAAAAAGUUCCAUUGGUUGAAAGUAGACUUCAACAAAUGGAAAGAUGAAGAUGACUCGGAUGAUGAGGCAGAAGUCACAGACUUUGAAGAAGCAGUGUAG